AGUGCCGCCGAAGUCAUUCUUCCCGUCGCGGAGGGCGGCGGAGGACGAGCGGUUUGGCGGUUCUCGCAGGCUGCUGUAGACGCGUGGUAGUGGUGUGGAGAAACCGUUUUGAAAGCCGAGCAGCGGGGCGCUUGGAGGUAUCGCGAGCCGAACCCUCCCUGGCGGCUCCAUGCGGGAUUGGAGGCAGCUGGCGCGGGCCGGCGCGCGGGUGCUGGGCUGCGGCGCAGGCGGCCUGGCUGCCGCCCCGCGCGUCGGGAGCAGAACAGACAUCUGGCUUUUUGUCCGAAGUCUCCAUGGCAGGAGUGGUACUUGGUGGGAUGAACAUCUUUCUGAAGAAAAUGUCCCGUUCGUCAAGCAAUUGGUCUCAGACGCAGAUAAAGCCCAGUUAGCAAGUAAACUGUAUCCUCUGAAAGAUGAACCCUGGCCUCUACAUCCUUGGGAACCAGGUUCUUCUAGAGUUGGCCUUAUUGCCCUGAAGCUGGGCAUGAUGCCUUUAUGGACAAAGGAUGGUCAUAGGCACGUGGUCACACUACUUCAGGUACAAGACUGUCAUGUCCUAAAAUACACGUCGAAGGAAAAUCAUAACGGAAAAAUGGCAGCUCUAACUGUAGGAGGAAAAACUGUAUCACGUUUCCGGAAAUCGACCUCAGUAUUGGAGUUUUACCGAGAACUUGGAUUGCCACCAAAACAGAAAGUUAAAAUCUUUCAUGUAACAGAUAAUGCUGUAAUUAAGCCAGGCACUCCUCUUUAUGCUGCUCACUUCCGCCCAGGACAGUACGUGGAUGUCACGGCCAGAACUAUUGGUAAAGGUUUUCAAGGCGUCAUGAAAAGAUGGGGAUUUAAAGGCCAACCUGCUACUCAUGGUCAAACAAAAACCCACAGGAGACCUGGAGCUAUUUCAACUGGUGAUGUUGCCAGAGUCUGGCCCGGAACCAAAAUGCCGGGACAGAUGGGAAACAUCGACAGGACAGCAUACGGACUGAAAGUGUGGAGAAUAAACACAAAGCACAAUAUAAUCUAUGUAAAUGGCUCUGUACCUGGACAUAAAAAUUGUUUAGUAAAGAUCAAAGAUUCUAAGCUGCCUGCAUAUAAGGAUUUCUGCAAAAAUCUACCAUUCCCUACAUAUUUUCCUGAUGGAGAUGAAGAGGAACUACCUGAAGACUUAUAUGACGAAGAUGUGUGUCAGCCCAGCGCACCUUCUAUUACAUUUGCCUGAUGCCAUUGGACAUGCCAGAACUUUUAUAUUCAGUGAGCUUUGAAGAGCCAGAACAAUAACAUAACCAGGAAUUGCACUCUUCUUUCUCAGUCACAGCGGUGCCAACUUGUCAUCUUUGUCAAGAGCAUAAGUCAUGUAUCUCCUAAUUAAAUCUGAUAGAAAAAUUAUAACAUUAAACAACUAUGUAGUUGGGUUUGCAAAAAUUGGCAAUUUGCAUAUUAACAACCAUAUUUGUAGUUUAUGGACUUCAUUCUUUGGUACUGCACAUUUCCCAUAUUGUCUGUCUCAAGAUGUUUAUAAAUUUAACUUUUACUAAAGAUUUGGGGCUUGUGCUGUUGCAUAGUGGGUAAAGCCGCUACCUGCGGUGCCGGCAUUCCAUAUGGGCGCCAGUUCGAAUACCGAUGCUCAACUUCCAAUCUGGCUCCCUGCUAAUGCACCUGGGAAAGCAGCAGAAGAUGGCCCAAGUGUUUGAGCACCUGCACCCACAUGAGAGACUCAGAAGAAGCUCCUGGUUUCUGGCUUCGGAUUGGCCCAGCUCUGGCUGUUGCAGCCAUUUGGAGAGUUCCCCAGCAGAUAGAAGAUCUCUUUCUGUCUCUCCUUCUCUCUAACUCUGCCUUUCAAAUAAAUAAACCUUUGGGGAUAAAAGA